GAAUUAUUUCUCCUUUUUAAGGAAUGAAGCUCGUUGCCGCGAAUCAACUCUCGCCAUCGAAAGGAAUGAUGUAUACCUUGGGAAGAAACUCUUUGUCUGCACGCUUCCUACAUAAAUCCAUCAUUUAUCCCUCUUCCGCUUCUUUUGUUCUCUAUCGUUCUUCAUCUACAAGUCACUUCCCAUCAAUUCGUUUCAAUUUCGACUUCAGCCUCUCAUAUCAUCUGCAUACUUUUCUUCUUAAAAGUUUUAACUACAAAACCAACCUCAUUAUGAAGUUCUCACUCGUUGUUUUGGCCAUUACUGCUACUCUUGCCUCCGCGGCCGAGUUUCCAGGCCAACCAGUUUGCGCUAGUGCCUGUAUCUCUCAAGCCAUUGCAGAAGGCACCAACUGCGAUAUCGAAGACACAGCCUGCCAAUGUCAAGCCUCUAAUCUCGCUGGUAUCUCCAGUGCCAUCGUUCCCUGUAUUCUCGGCGCCUGUACUGCAGCCGGAGAGAUCCAGCAAGCCCAGAAUGCUCCAAACAGAUGCACCAUAGCACCUGCAGAGACAACCGCGUCCGAAACUAGGAGUACCGCAGAAAGUACCUCAGAGAGCUCUACCUCGUCCGCAUCUCCAGGCUCAUCUUCAUCUUCCUCGGGCCCUGCUUUGACUUUUGGGACAGGUUCAUUGACCACUGCGCCGGCUACUACUUCGAGACCUGGGAAUGGGACGGUUACUACCGGAGGUCCUACGGCUACUUCUAGUGCAGCUGGAGAGGUCACCGCGAAUGCGGGACACUCUGUUGGGCUUGCGGGUGUCGGUGGUAUGGUCGGUCUUCUUGCAGCUGUGGUCGCUGCUUUGUAGAUGGUCUUGUGUUUUAGACUUGUGACCCCAUAGCACAGUACAGUAUGCGAUGUUUUUGGUAUUACUGCAGUAUUUUUUGGAAAGGAAAACGGAGGAGGAUGUAAUAAUUAUUGGAUAUUUGAAUUCUUCUAAUCACGUUGUCUGAGGGUAUUGAUGGAAAAUCUGGAUGGGAAUGGACAAUUUCAUGGGAACGAUCCUAGGCCCGGCGAGACUUGACAAACUUACGACAUUCCUUUAUGGCAAAAUUCUCGUUUUAUUCAUUAUGUAGCUAGUAAGGUUCAAUAAAAUCAACUCACAUCUAUGAUCGCUCCCAGUAACUUAUCUGAUAAUCUGCGUUCAUUGGUAAGUUUGCCA